CAAUGCGGAAGUAAACAAUCAUCUGUGCAGUUCACUGGUUAAAUUUGACAGAAAGGUCCCGUUGGCUGUGUUUUCCGUCCCGAACCGUUCUGACACCAUGGUCCGCUGCUUUCUGGUCCACACCGUGUGUCCGGUCAGUGCCCUGUCCGCCGCCGAGAGCCGGGUUCUGUACUCCCGGGUGUUCGGUCCGGAUGAGACGGUCCAGCACGAAGACCUGGACCCGGAGGAGAGACGGCUUCAGCAGAGGGAGAGGGUGGCGGUGGUGGCCAGGCAGGUCCGCAGCGCUGUCACCUUGUCCCGGGAGGCUUCUGGACGUCAGCUGGUGGAGAUGGUUCCAGGCGAGGAGGCGCUGGCCCUGCAGGAGGCCGACAGCGGGGUGGUUCGCCUGAGGGCCGGGGACCCGUUUUCUGGGGAGAUGAGCGCUCUGUGGGUGGCGGUUCAGAGCCUGGGCUUCACCAUGGUCUGCGAACCCCAUGAGAACCUGCUGCUGGCUGAGGGAACCCUGAAGAACCUGACCAGACACUGCCUGGAACACCUGCACAUGCUGGGCCCGGGGAGCGAGGUCCUACUGAAGGGCGACCGAAUCGACGUCCUGCUCAGCCGCCUGCUUCCUCACGGGCAGCUCCUCUUCCUCAACCACCGCUUCGCUCAGAGCCUGGAGAAGGAAGUGUCGGCCUACAUGACCAAGUGAACCUUCAGCAACAAAGUCCAGUUAAUACUUUGUGGUAUGAUGGGGGAAAAAAAGCAGAAGAAAGGCUUGUGACUGUUGUUUAAUUUGGUGACAUUUCUGCGGCGGUAGAGGAUGAACAGAGCACUGGCAGCUGCUGUUUCAGAUUGCACGAGGUGUAAACAAACAGCGGUAAAUAUCUCCCGUAGCCACUUGCAGCUCACUGGUGGCUGUUUACUGUGUGGGAGGCUUCAGCUCAAAUCCUGUUUGUCAAAUUGAAGAGUGGAAAGGAAAAUGUAGCAGAUUAAAGUGUGCGGCUGAAGCGGCCAGUUAAAACCUACUUGUCAACAUUAAAUGCUGCUAUUUAUCUGAUUCACCGUACUUGAAAUGUCACACGGUGACCUUGAGGAUUCAGCACCGUCCUGUUUUUUUCUUUUUUUUUCUUUUUGUGUGCAGGAGGAAUGAUUCAUUGUGACUUUUGAUGGACCCCUGGAGUAGGAGAAACUGAUUUUUCCUUUUCCUAUGGCAUGAAUCAGAGAGAAAUAGAGCAACAAAAGAUCAGAGUUCAAUCUGUUUAAUGUCAGUAGUUUUUUGGAGUUUUUUUUUUUUUUUAGAGAAUAAAUGCGAGAGGAGAUGGCAUGCGUUGCAGGAACAAACAGGAAAUGAUGACGUUAUAGUGGAAACAUCCAUACACAAUUAAAUAAAUGUAUUCUAGUGAACAUCUGCGGUGCCUCCUCCUCCUCCUCCUCCUGGCCUCAUAAAAGCCUCUUAAACCUCAGUUUUGUGCUGGCAACUGCAUCUGUAUCUGUAAAAAAAAAAAAAAAAAAAAAAAAAUCUGUCUGGAUGCCAACAUCAGACGCUUUGAUCUUCUCCUUUUUCUGUAUUAAAAAAUAAAAUUAAUUCCUGGUAUUACCCAA